CAACCGCGCACCCUUCUUAAAUCCCCCACCCUCCUCCUCCUUCUCCAAAAUCCUAAACCCAAGAACACCACUUUCUCUCUCUAAAAAUCCUAAGAUUCUCUCUCUAAAUACCCAGAAAAACCCAUCUCUCUGUUUUGAAGAAGAAGAAAGCGAAAAUGCGGAUAAGCUGUAAUGGAUGCCGAAUACUCCGCAAGGGCUGCAGCGAGAAUUGCAGCAUCAGGCCUUGCUUGCAGUGGAUUAAGAGCCCGGAAUCCCAAGCAAACGCCACCGUCUUCCUCGCCAAGUUCUACGGCCGCGCCGGACUCAUGAACCUCAUCAACGCCGGCCCCGAACACCUCCGCCCUGCCAUCUUUCGGUCUUUGCUAUACGAGGCAUGCGGUCGGAUUGUGAACCCGAUUUACGGGUCGGUCGGGUUGUUGUGGUCCGGGAGCUGGCAGCUCUGCCAAGUCGCCGUUGAAGCCGUGCUGAAAGGCCAGUCGAUUACGCCGAUUACUUCCGAAGCGGCGGCGAAUGGGCAUGGUCCGCCUCUCAAGGCCUACGACAUUCGCCACGUGUCCAAGGACGAGAACUCGGCCGCGUCCAACGAUCCUCAGAAGGUUAAGACCCGGUACCGCUUCAAACGGUCCGCUGUCAAGCCGAAGACCAAUAAGGUCGGUUCCGGCUCGGGCUCUGGCUGUGCCUCGGGAGCGGAUGAAUCGGCCAAGCCGAGUUGGACUGGCUGCUCUGCGGACAAGUUCAACCGGUCGAUGAGUCACGAGUCAUCGCUGAGUCACCAGUCCGAGGCGGCUGCCACCGUGGACGGUGAUAGCAAGGAAUCGGAGAGCAUGAUUUCGUCCGAGACGGCUGAGGCUGAGCUCUUUUUCCGAGCCGAGCCCGAGUCGGCUCGCAAGCGGACAGAGUCUGUUCAGGAUGGGGAGCUAGCUUUGGAGCUGACGCUUGGGUUGCAGCCGCAAUCACGUGCCAACCACGUCGUUCCGGUGAAGAAGAGAAGAAUUGAGGCUGGCUUCGGCGGCGUAUCGCCGGCUGACGACGGCGCGUGUAAAAUAGAGCUGGGGCUGGAUUACGUGGCUUGAACGGUGGAAAAAAAAAAAAAAAGGAAACGUUAAAAACGGUUCAGUUUUGACGGCUCAGAUCGGUUCUUUUGUUUGGCAUUGAAGGGAUCAAGACCCCUACUUUUGUUGUUUUAAGUUUCUAAGUUUUGGUUUAUUACCUUUUUACCCUUUGUGAAGCUGAGGUCAGUUGUACAAAUGUGGUUUUGACUUUAUCCUUGAACUUGCAUAUACAAGAUGGCAAAUGAACAGAGGGACAAAAACUCAAAAUCUUUUUCUUUGAAA